AUAUCCCGGAAGUUGUAAAGUUGAGCGUUUGUUUUUGUUUCCAUUCAUUUGUAGUCAUUUUUCAAAGGGCAAUUUCUUGUCUCUGUCCACCAAAAUCAUGCAAAUAAACGACCUAAUAGCGGAUAUGAAGAAUUUGUCUGCCUUUAUUCAAUCUGAUCAAAAAUUUGAGGCGAAAAUCACGAACAGUAUCACAAAAAUAAAGACAUAUAUAUCUAAUAAAGAGCAGAAAAGGCACGCAGAUGCCUCAGCAAUACAAAAUUCCGUGGAAAGGUUGAUGAAAUUAAGCUUCGAGGCCCAUCAGCGGAAAUUACUAGUUCAGGUUGGCGGUUUACGUGUCCUGGUAGAUCUCCUACGAGCUGAAUGUCAACUUGUUGGUAUAAUCACUACCAACGAACAUAAUUUAUUGAUCAGACGUUACUGUUGUAUGGCCUUGACAAAUUUAACGUAUGGUGAUCCUGCUAUUAAAUAUUGGCUUUGCUGCGACGAUCUUAAACAUGCUUUAACCUCACUCCUUGACCUAUUGAAAUCUACAAACGACGAUCUACGUCAAGCUGUCUCUUGUGUUAUGCGAAACUUGUGCUGGAAAGUAGAUGGGGCUUCUAAGUUAGCCCUUCAAGAGUCUGGGUGCAUUAAAUGUCUUAUGCUAUCUGCCAUGUCUGAAUCGAAUGAAAAUACCCUUAAAGCUAUGUUGGCUGCGUUAUGGAAUGUUAGUGCUCACUCUAAGCAGAAUAAGAAAGAUAUCUGUGAACUAGAUGGCUCUCUCAAAUUUUUGGUGAAAACAAUCGCGCACACUAAUAAAAAAAUUGUGGAAAAUAGCGGUGGAAUACUUCGUAAUAUAUCAAGUCAGAUAGCUCUUAAUAACACAUACAGAACUACACUAAGAAAUAGCGGCGCUCUCUCAGCCCUUAUUAAUAACCUUCAUUCCUCUAAUGAUAUAAUAAUGAGUAAUGCCUGUGGCACUCUUUGGAAUCUAUCUGCUAGAUGUCCACUUGAUCAGCGGACACUAAUAAGUUUAGGUGCAAAACCUAUUCUAGAAAAGUUGACAGCAAGUUCUCACCGCAUGAUAUCAAGAGCCUCAACCGCAGUCCUGAAGAAUUUAGCAAAAAUGGAGCCAAAAUCGAAAACGUCAUCUUACGCUCCAGCAAAUCUUGAAAGUUUCCCAGAACCUCAAGAUAGUGUCGUUAGCUUUCAUUUAGAGGGAACACCACCUCUAACUCGAAAUCAUUCUUUACAAAAUAUUAUUCCAAAUCAGCAUCAUAUAGCAGAAUCAAUAAAUGAAGUUCCGAUGAAAUACGAAGUUGAAGACACACCAAUUAUAAUAUCAAGAGUGUCUUCCCUUAGUUCCCUGCAGGCCCAUACAGAAGAUCCAUCAAAGAAAUCUAGUGUAAAGAAUGUUCCUUUUGAACAGACCCCUUUAAUGUAUAGUCGAACCUCAUCUCUACAGUCAUUAAAAGAUUAUGAGGAUAUCAGUAGUGUUAACUCGGAUGUUAUUAGCAUCUAUAGUCAUUCAAGGGAGAGCGAAAUGGUGAGUCCAGCUGACUUACCAGAUUCACCUUCGGACGUGUCAGCAACAACUACCACGAAUAUUAUAUCUGCUUCAACAGAAAAUAGGGAGGAUGAAGACAAACCUAAAAUGUGGGCCGAUGAAGGAGAUGUUGAAACAACAUCUGCCUUAUCGGCAUUAACAAUCGAUUCUAAUCCUAUUAGUAAUUGUCCCCUAUCGCUACCAGCCGCCAUUAUUAAAGAGAGUCUUUCAAAUCGUAUAGCUGCUAGUGAUCCUGGUGUUCCUAACAAGGAACAAGAAGAAGAUGCAUCAGACUCAAGUCUCUCCGGAGAGGAAGAGGACGCUGAACUUUUACAACAAGUUAUAGAUUCCGCUUUACCUAAAACAAGACCAAGAUCCGAACCAAGUUCGUCUAAAGAUCGCGAUGGAUUAUUUAAAAAGCCAAUAGGAAUGCCACCAAAAUCAAAAGCCCGAAGACCGUUAAACGUGUGA